UCUGAAUGAAGAGUGGCUGAUGUUUCACUGGAAAGAUAAGAUGGCUGCUCUUGAGAAACAUCCAGACCUGAGGCUCCAGCAGAACAAUCCAUCGGGUCCCAGCACCAGUCAGAAGAGUAAUUUCUUGGAGACUGACUGGAAGACGCCUAUGUUGUCUGUGAAGUUCCAGAGCCGUGUCAGUCGCUGCUCAAGCGUGGCCGACAGCGGGGAUGGGGGCAUUGGGACCUCCUGCUCAGACAGCACAGAAGACUUUUGCAAUUCCAGUAACGGUUCCUCAUUCCAGCCCAUCAAAACCCAAGUGACCAUCCCAACAGCCCAUGUUAUGCCUUCUACGUUGGGUGCCUCACCCUCCAAGCUGUGCUCUGCAGGAGACCAGAGCUGUUCGCAGAGUACUUCAAAAACUGCUAUGCCAGGAUCUGCUUCUGAACACGCAGGGCUCAUGAGAAACGGAGAUUUUAAUGCCGGGAAGCCUUCUCAGGUGCCACCCAGGGAUCUCUUGCGUCUCUACGGGACUUCAGGGGAAAAUGGUUUUGAGCAAUCCUGGCAUCCUGUUUCUGAUCACAUGAGAACAGAAGAUACUUGGAAGUUUGACACCCCUGCCAUUGAGCGCACCCUUAACCAGUCUCUCUUUCUGGAUAGUUUGUGCACUGACCCUCUCCACAGGUUCCAGAAGUUCAAUCCAAACUCUGGGGCAGCUGAGGCAGGAAAGGACCAUUAUAAGGUGCUGCCAGAGAGUAAGCAAGCGGCAGGGGCUAACGGAGUCUGUGAGCCCCAGGACGGAACGUGGCCGAGCGGGAGCAGACUGAUGCCAACGGGACUCCAGGCCAACAAUUUCUUUUCAAAACCUGUAACUCCUUCAUCUCGAGCAUGGAUGCAAGAAGCCUGCGCGCUACAUCCGCACGAGAGGGCCUGCGAGCUCAGUGCUUGGAAACAACAGCUGGAGAAAGUGCGAUUGCAAAUAGAGCAAAUGCAGUUACAAAAUGGAGGCGCCUGCCACCAUCCCUCGACGUAUUCUCCUUCGCUGCCUACACCUGAUCCAGCUCAGUGGAUCAAUAUCCUGAACUCCAAUGAAAACCUACUCAAGGAGAAAGAGCUCCUCAUUGACAGACAGAGACAACACAUAUCCCAGUUGGAGCAGAAGGUCCGGGAAAGUGAACUGCAGGUUCACAGUGCCCUGCUUGGCUGUCCAGCACCCUACGGAGAUGUCUACAUGUUGAGAAUGCAGGAGCUGCAGCGGGAGAACACGUUUCUUCGAGCACAGUUCACAGAGAAGACUGAAUCCCUCAGUAAGGAAAAGAUUGAAUUGGAGAGAAAACUGGCUGCUGCAGAGGUGGAUGCAAAGCUGAUCCGGGAGUCACUGAAGGAAACUAUGCAGAAACAUGCAGAGGAGUUAAAGAAACAGGAAGAAAGGGUAAAGGGAAGAGACAAACACAUUAAUAAUCUUAAAAAGAAAUGCCAGAAGGAAUCUGAACAAAACAGGGAGAGACAACAGAGAAUAGAGACCCUGGAACGAUACCUGGCUGAUCUACCAACCCUUGAGGACCAUCAGAAACAGAGUCAGAAGCUGAAGGAAUCUGAACUGAAGACUGCUGCUAUGCAGGAAACAGUGCUGGCACUGGAAACAGAGCUUGGAGAUGUCCGGGCUGCUUUCAGGGAGCAAGAGAUGCAGCUAGAAACCCAAAAACACAAGGAGCUGGAGCUUCUUUCCACUGUGCACAGCUUGCAGGACAAGAUGCAGCAGUGUGUAAAGAAUGCGGAGAGAGGACCCCCUGCCCAGGAUGGGGAGAGACAGAAAAUAGAAAAUGACUCUCUGAAGAAAGAAUGCGACUGCCUCAGGAAGAUAGUGGACAAACAGCAGAAGAAGAUGGAGCAGUUGUCCUUGCAAGUAAAGAACCUGGAAGAACAGGUGGCCCAGGAAGAGGGGACGAGCCAAGCUCUGAAAGAGGAGGCGAUGAGAAGAGAAAAUGCACUGCAGCAGCUCCGGACUGCUGUGAAAGAGCUUUCAGUGCAGAACCAGGAUCUCAUUGAGAAGAACCUGACCCUUCAGGAACGACUCCGGCAGGCAGAGCUAACAACCCAGCCGCUGCCUGCUGAGACAGCCUGCCUCGCCCAGGAGUUACACAGCGAGCUGGCCAGUUGUCUGCAGGAUUUGCAGUCUGUCUACAGCAUUGUCACUCAGAGGGCUCAGGGCAAGGAUCCCAACCUCUCUCUGCUCCUGGGCAUUCGCUCUGUGCAGUACUCUGCUAAGGAGAAGGACGACUUGCUGAGCCCUGAUGGACUUGCAAAGAAACUGGUGGAGGUAAAACAGCUUCACAAGGAGGUGGAGGACUUAAGGACGGCAAUAUCUGACAGAUAUGCUCAGGACAUGGGAGACAACUGCAUCACCCAGUAAAGAACGCUCCCCAAAGUAAGACAGGAAAUGAAGACUUGAAACCCUCAGGAGUCUAGAGCUCCUACAACCCAAAACCUAUUCAGCACUUUACCAUCCCUUUGCUCGGGUACAAGAUGUGUGACUUAUCCAAUCCGUGAGAAAUCAGGGGGUUUGUUGCCAGAAGUGUUUAGCUGCUGACUGGCUAACUGGAAUCAUUCAGGGCUUCGGUGUCGGGCUUUGCAGUAGCUUUGAUCUUGUGGAAUGUGUUUAUGCUGUGUUUGCUGGAGCUGGUGUGGUCUCUGAUGCUGGGAGAUGAAUUCUGAAUUGCCUUCCAGGCAUGUCAAAUGCUGAACAUGCAAAUGUGACCGUUAAAAUCAUCACUAAAAGGAAACGUAUGCCCUGGUCUUUCUGAUAAAUUCUCUGCGCAGAUCCUGUGUGACAAGUAAGACCAGAGGAUUAUCAGAGUGUUCAGGGGAUAUCUGUGAACUUCGUAGGCAAGCAGGUUUGCCAGUUAUACUACUGCUGAUUACAUCAAGGUGCUACAGGCUUCUCGGAUGCUGUGCGCGCGGUUCUGGCUUGGAUGCUUGUGUAGCCAUUCGUGGAGCGGGACCUGCUUUCCUCAGGUAAACGCAACUGGAGUCUUUCAGUAGCCAACAGGAGUUGGGGAAUAAAGAAACACUAAAAGGAAGAGUCUGAAAAGGCUCCCCCUGGGCACUGUUACCCCAGAAGCCUUAAUAAGCCUUUUAUCCCCCCGAAAUAGCACUCUGAGCGUGGGUAUGAUUCAGACUGUGGAGGAAGUGGAUUGAUGCUGAAGUGCCUUAAUGUGCUAGAGAAACCUCCUGUCCCCACGCUGCUUAGUGCCUAAUGCAUCUGCUGGCAGGGUGAGGAACUGCUCUUUCUUGUAGCAGCCUUUAGAGCCAUCGCAAACAAUCCUGGGGAGCCUUGAAUGUCUGGAACCCCUGCCAGAGCCGCAGAGAGGCUCUGCG